AUGACCAACCCACCUCAGCACGACUGUGGUGUAGUCUCGGUGGCACCGAGGUCGGUCGACUUGGAGUUAGCCCCCCUUCCGGACUCCGCACCGGCCGCAACGGCCGCAACUGCCCCCGCUCCGGUCGGUCCCACCCCGUCAAAGGACUCGGAUCCUUUCUUAGUCACCUUUGCGCAACCGCAUGACGCCGAGAACCCUCUCGACUGGCCCGCGGGUCGAAAAUGGAUGGUCACCGAUGUGCUCUCGGCCACCGGUUUCAAUCGCAUCAUGGUUUCAACAAUCAUGGCGCCCGCCCUGACGAACAUUGCGGCGGAGCUCGACAUGACCUCCACCGAGUCCGCCAUGGCGUUGUCCAUUUAUCUCCUUGCGACCGCAUUUGGCCCCCUCGUUAUGGGGCCAAUGUCCGAGAUCUACGGUCGACAGGUGGUGCUCCACGCCUCGAGCGUAUGGUUUCUGAUAUGGAACGUGCUCUGCGGUUUCGCAAACACCAAGGGAACGCUUAUUGCCGCUCGCUUCCUGGCGGGCUUCGGCGCCAGUUCCAUCUACGCACUCGGAGGCGGAGUUCUGGGCGAUAUCUGGCGCCCUGAACAAAGGGGCCAGUCUUUGGGUUUCUAUCUUCUCAUUCCCCUGCUGGGCGCGGCCGUCGGUCCCAUCAUUGGUGGCUUCAUUGCGGCGCGCACGACGUGGCGAUGGAUGUUCUGGUCCACUUCCAUUUUCCAAGCUAUCAUGAUCUUUGUCUCCUUCUUCAGCUUCCCAGAGUGCUACGGCCCGCUCAUUCUACGCCGGCGGGCUGCUCGUCUCCGCAAAGAAACCGGCGACACGAGAUACUACACGUUCAGUGAGAGGAUCGACGCUGGCAAGUCCACGUUGGCAGUCAUCAGAAACUCUCUGACAAGGCCGCUUCGUCUGCUUCUCUUCCAUCCCAUUAUCCAGGUGUCGGCCGUCCUGUCGGGAUUCAACUAUGGUAUCCUGUAUGUCACGCUGUCGACCUUUGCAGACAUCUGGAAGCAGCAAUACGGCCAGUCUGUGGAGAUUAGCGGGUUGCACUACAUCGCCUGCUCUUUUGGAGAGCUUGUCGGAUCCCAGUUUGGUGGACUGAUGCUGGACCGCUUGUACAAAAGUCGAGACCAGCCUACACCAGAGUCUCGAGUCAUGCUCGCAUUCUUUGGUAUUGUUCCGGCCUGGUUGGGAACUCUGUUUUACGGCUGGACAGCACAGUAUCGUCUCUACUGGCUGAUCGUCGAUAUCGGAGUUGUUGUCAUGAUGUUUGGCAUGCAGCUGAGUGGAAUGCCUAUGACGGCCUAUGUGAUCGAUGCGUACGCAGAGCAUACGAGCAGCGCCAUGGCAGCGAUUCAGUUUGUUAAGAGCUUGACUGCUUUCUUAUUCCCGUUGUUCGCCCCGAGUAUGUAUUACGCACUUGGAUACGGCUGGGCCAAUAGCUUGAUGGCCCUUGUGGGCGCAAUGCUUGCCGUCCCUCUUCCCAUUCUCAUCUGGAAGAAGGGAGCCCAGCUGAGAGCGAGGGCGAUUUCGACGUACUGA